UCCAUCCCCCUUCUUCCAGUACACCACCAUGGCUGAGAAGGUCGGCCCUAAGACUCCCAUCAACCACCCAGGGGUGACUUCCCUCCCCCCAGACCCCAUCCAGAUAAUCCGCAGCAAGGCCCGCUCCAGGAGGGUUCGCGUCAACGUCGGAGGUCUAAACCACGAGGUCCUGUGGCGGACGCUGGACCGGCUGCCCCGUACCCGCCUGGGUAAGCUUCGCGACUGCAACACCCACGAGAGCCUGAUGGAGGUCUGCGACGACUACAGCCUCCAUGAGAACGAAUACUUCUUUGACCGACACCCGGGCGCCUUCACCUCGAUCCUCAACUUCUACCGCACAGGGAAGCUGCACAUGAUGGAGGAGAUGUGCGCCCUGUCGUUCGGCCAAGAGCUCGACUACUGGGGUAUAGAUGAGAUCUACCUGGAGUCCUGCUGCCAGGCCCGGUACCACCAGAAGAAAGAACAAAUGAAUGAGGAGCUGCGGAGGGAGGCGGAGACGCUGAAAGAGAGAGAGGGAGAGAUUGAGUUUGAUAACACCUGCUGCCAGGAGAAGAGGAAGAAGCUUUGGGACCUCCUGGAGAAACCCAGCUCUUCCCUGCCUGCCAAGGGUCUGUUUUUGUUUGUGAACAGAGCUUCAGGACCAGUUUGCUCAGGGGACUGUUCUCCAAGUAAUCUUUCUGUUUGACAUAAUCUGUGCAGAAGAUCUAGGGGCCCUCCUUAUAAGCCCUCCUUGGUUGGGUACAGAAGCACCAGAUCAUCAGUAAACAGUCGACAUUUGACUUCAGAAU